AUGACAUCCAACCUGCUAGCCGCACUUAAGGUCAACGGCGCCAACAAGAGACGAACCUUCUUCGGCGGCGCUGGGGUUGAACCCCAACCGCCAAACCCCUUUAUCGAGGCUGCUAAGGCCGGGGAUGUAGACCGCCUCAAAGAGCUCUUGAAAGACCCAAAGCAUAAGGUUGACCAGAAGGACCCAGCCGGGAUGACUGCCCUCAUGCAUGCCGCUAAAAAUAGUUACUUAGACGUCUGCAAGGCACUUUCCGAGGGAGGGGCUCGCUUUUCGGCGAAGGACAAUGCCGGGGAGACGGCCCUCAUGAUGGCUGCUAAGAACGGCAGCACCAGUGACGUUAUACGCUUCUUGGUCGAUGCUCAAAUAGAGCAACGUCGGAAGGCACAAGUUGUCAGUUUGACCGGACUCAACGAUGGUCCAUCCAAGGCUGAACAGCGUCGUGUUGUUGAUGCCACUGACGAUGAAGGCGUCACUGCGUUGAUGAAAGCUGCUGAGGCCGGCCAGUCGGAGGUUGUCGAGCUGUUGAUAUCAUUACAUGCCAAUGCUGAGGCUAAGGAUGACGAGGGGUGGAGGGCCAUCAUGUGGGCUGCUAUGGCUGGGCAGCUGCCCAUUGUUGAAUGGCUCGUCACAGAGCACUCCCAGGAGGUGGACUACCAGACAGAGAACGGAGAGAACGCUCUGAUGAAGGCGGCUGCUAGCGGCCAUUGGGACGUCUGCAAGUUCCUCCUCGACAAUGGUGCCAAAGUCAAUGCCCACGAUCGGGAGUACCAAACACCGCUCAUGUGGGCUGCUGCAGCUGGCCAUCUGCAUGUGGUCCAGGGACUCAUAUCGUUCGAUGCUAAAGUCGACACUCAGAGUCGGACCGGCAAGACCGCGUUAAUACUAGCAUCCACCUUUGGGAGAGCCGACGUCUGCAAAUACCUUGUAGAGGAGUGCAAGGUACGAGUCGACACUCAGGACAAUGAGGGCUUCAACGCGCUCUCAGCGGCUAUCGGGAACGACGAUAGCCGCAUCUGUUCAUUGUUGAUCGACCAUGGAUGUCCGUUAGAGGCUCAUACCACUCGAGGAGAAACUCCUCUAAUUCUGUCGGCCCGCUAUCACGCCUUGGAGUGCGCCAAGCUCCUGUUGCAAGCUAAUGCCAAUUUAUUCACUGCUGAUGAGAACGGGCAGACGGCCUCGGACCACGCCGAAGGGACUUUGAGCAGCAGAAUGUCACCAACCGGUGAGCAGAGGACUGCUUUCAUGGAGUGUCUCGUCAGAUCGCUCGAGGGUUCAGCAGGCAUUAAUGUGGAUGUUCCCGUUCGACAUGAUGUUAAGAUGAGGGCUAAUGACCAACGAAGGGAGACUCUACCAAUUUAUGGACGUCAGUCUCAGAUGUGGUUGCCAUUGGCCGACUCAUGUCUGGGAGAGAAACCCUAUGUUCCUAUAGUGUUUUUCGCCAACAAAAUGGACCUCCCGGAUGCGGCCUCGUUGGAAGAAAUAUCAGCCGGAAUCGGAUUGCCAUCACUGGCCUCUUCACGACGGCCCACCAAUAUAGUGCGUUGUUCGGCUACGACCGGAGAAGGGGUGGAGGAAGGCAUAAUGUGGCUAAUCGACAUGAUUAAGCAGAACCGUAAUGCGGCAGCGAGCACGCAAUUAAGAUAA